GGUGCUCUAGGUAACCAAGCUUACAUCCAUACAUGUUUGCUUUUUAAAAAGCUAUGUCGGACAUUACGCAAAUACAGAAGAAAGAAAACCAAAAACAAAACUCUUCAAAAUAGGACAUUACAAAUUUAUUAGAUAAGAACUUGGUGACAAAUAGUAAAGAUAGAUACUGCAAGGAAGUAAUACUCGGUUUUAACAAUGUGGAUGCAUGAUGUAUCAAAUUCCACGAAUGGCAAGGACGGGAAUAAUUCAGAUGUCAUGACUUGGUUCCGAGCUUUUCGUGGCGAUUUUGGCUACUCCUACUACGGGGAGUAUCGCACGUCUGUCACUGCCGAUAUCCCCUUCGCUGCGAUCACCUACACGUGUAUCCUCAUAUCCAUCGCUGCAAUCAUCGCCGCCGCUGGUAUCAGAGGACGCGAGAAAUGGUACACGUUGAUUCGACUGGUCUACAGCCUUGCAGUCGGAAGCAUAAUCCUAGUGAGUGCGUUCGGGUAUUGCUGGCAGCAAGGCGAGGUUGGCGUCCACACACCCUACAUUUAUAGAAGCAAGGGCCACAUCAAGGGAACUAUAGGCGUCCAUAUAGGACUCAAGACGGUUAAUCUUACGUUAAAGGGAGACUUUUAUCCAGAUGGAAGUGGCUUUAAAUACAACGAGGAAUUAGCAUUAGAAAAUGUAAUCAGGGAUAGACCCCAGCUGUGGGACGCACUUGAUAGAGGUCUGCCACAACCUCUCCUAUCAGUAAUAGAACAGUUCGACAUCGACGAAGGAGGGAUGAGAUACGGUCGGCAAUGUUUCAUGGCCGGUCAUUUUGCAAAUAUUCUUCUGUGGACAGCGUUCGCAUUUUGGGUGACGGGCAAUAUACUCCUCUGCAGCGUCAUUUGGUACGGAGCGGCCUGUUUUACCCUGACAGGAAUUUGCAUGGUUCUCGCAGCGGCGGUGUAUGAUAUUCUAUGUCCUCAGGUAGAUGUCAACAUGCCGUGCUCUGAUGGACCAAUGAAAAUGCGUUACGGAUGGUGUUUCUGGUCCGUUCUUGUGUUUGGUUGCCUUACAAUACUCGUAGGUCUCGUUCUAUUUACCCUUGACCAAAAAGUUCCAAAGAAACUAGCAGAGUUCUUUCUUCUGGACAACACACUUGAUGAAGAUGAAUAUAAGCAAAUCCAACCAAACAUGAGUUUCAUGAGUAGUACUCCAGAAACCACAAUCAAAAUGGGACAGAGCAGGAAGAAAUCACACAUUCCACCAGUAAACUGGUACGUCAACUACGGGCAUGACAGUAAUAGGCGAAAGAGCAAUCCACUCUUUGCAGACAACGCGUCAGGCAAAGGUGAACAAGAGUCACAGAGGCGAAGAAGCUGUGCUAAAAUUAUUGAGGAACACAGAGCUACUGACACUGAGUUAGAAGUAACGAGCAAUGGCGUGAACAGGGUGUCAUCUCCCAACGGUGAAAACACUGAAUCCAAAGGUUACAGUGCCCAUAGGCGACUGAGUGAGAUAUACAUCGAUAUUGAGCCAAAUAAGAGUUUUUCGUCAGCCUCAAGUCCAUCUCUUUCAGAAAACAGACUUAAGACACAAUUGUGAUCGUUUUUUGAGUGUCUGUUUGUUUUGACAGUUCCUCUUCCGUGAUAAAUUAUAUUGGUGCAGAACUAAAACAAAUCGUUUGUAAAACGUAGUGCAAACAUGAAUGAUGAAGAUGAUGCAUGCUUACUUGUAUCAAUGCUGUGAUGUCAUUACGUCACAUCUACAAAGUUAUCGUAGCAGAUAGCACUGUAAACAUAGCUCUGAAACUCUAUGUUAGUUUGACAUGUGCAUCAAUUCAUUCAACUGUGAUAUAUAGUGUUCCCGUUUCGUUUCAUAGAGUAUUUAAGUGUGUUUUAGAUAAUCAUGCUGUUGAUAGGAUUGAUUUGUGCGCUUAUAUUGUUUUGGGGGUACUUUAAGUGCUAUACUAUGUAUUUUACAAGGUAUUUUUAUAGAGAAAAUUACGUUCAUUUUGCAUGAACUAGUUAAGGUUAUGACGUCAUUGUUGAUUUUAUUCCUGUAGUUUGAUUUUUCAAGCUUUAUCAACUCAAGAUUAUUAAAUUAUGUUUUGCGGUACUAGCAUGUAUACUUUGUACGCGUACACAAAACAUAAUUAUGUGCAUGCAGCUUAAGACCUAGGUGGUCGACAAAGACAGUUAUAAAAUGUUCAUCUUAUUAUCCGGUUCAGUAAAAACAUGUUAUUGAAUGUAGGCUAGCAAAUAUAUGCUGCUCCCAAAUCAUUAUUUGUAUUUCUUUUUUAAUCAACAGAUAUUUCAUUUUCAAAGUGUAUAAACUCCUUUAAAAUUUAUAAAGGUUUACCUUACUUUGCCUUUAUACUAAGUGCAUUAUGAACGUAUGUAUGUUGACUGCUAUGACAUGUUCAUAGACAUGUUCUCAAUUCAUCUCAAAUGUUAUGUUUCAUGUUAGAAUCUACAAAAAAAUAAAAGGCAAAUAAAUUU